CGUUCCCGGCCAUGCUUUUCCAACGGUGAACGUACCUGACCAUGCUCACUACACCAUCGGCGUUGUAAUACUGGCUGUGGGCAUCACAGGCAUGUUGGGAAACUUCCUGGUCAUAUAUGCUUUCAGCAGAAGUCGGAGUCUGAGGACGCCUUCUAACAUCUUCAUUAUCAACUUGGCAAUUACAGACUUCCUUAUGUGUGCCACUCAGUCACCUAUCUUUUUCAUUACAAGCAUGCAUAAACACUGGAUCUUUGGAAAGAAAGGGUGUGAACUAUAUGCUUUCUGUGGAGCACUGUUUGGUAUUUGCAGCAUGAUGACACUGAUGGUGAUUGCAGUGGACCGAUAUGUUGUCAUCACCAGGCCUCUGGCCUCUCUUGGAGCAAUGUCUCACAAAAAAGCUCUGUGCUUUGUCGCUGUUGCCUGGGUCUACUCCAUGGGCUGGAGCCUCCCACCCUUCUUUGGCUGGAGUGCCUACGUCCCAGAGGGUCUAAUGACUUCUUGCUCCUGGGACUACAUGACCUUCACCCCUUCCGUGCGCUCCUACACUAUGUUACUCUUCACUUUUGUUUUCUUUAUUCCUCUUUUUAUCAUCAUCUUCUGCUACUGCGGCAUUUUCAGAGCCAUCCGACACACAACACGAGCGAUAACAAAGAUCAACUGCAUAGGGAAAAGAGACUCUGCGAAGAAGUUCCAUAAAAUGAGGAGUGAAUGGAAGAUGGCAAAAAUCGCCUUAAUUGUCAUCUUGCUGUUUGUCAUCUCCUGGGCACCUUACUCUUGUGCAGCCCUGACCGCAUUUGCAGGGUACGCCGACAUGUUGACACCCUACAUGAAUUCUGUUCCAGCUGUGAUCGCCAAAGCUUCAGCUAUCCACAACCCCAUUAUAUACGCCAUCACACAUCCAAAAUACAGAUCAGCCAUCAGCAGAUAUGUACCAUACCUGGGUGUGCUGCUCUGCAUCCCUGGCAGAGACCGUUACAGCAGCAGCAGCCUCCAGUCCACACGACGAUCUACAUUGACCAGUCAAUCAGAGUGUAAAGGCACCGGCGGGCACCACAACUCUUCCCAGUCUGAGAGCGAAUCAGCGCACUUCUCGGACACCGAGGAGGACUGCUCAUCUCGGACUCCUGUCAGUCGUCACUUGUCUGCUGAUGUCAAACAGUUUCGCCAUACCAGCCAGAGAUCAAAGACUCUGACAGAGCCUGAAGACAUCUGCAUGAUGGAGAUCAACCGGCAGCCAACCAGUCAUCUACGUGCUAGUAUGGAUAGCAUGAGAAGGGAACCUGGACCAAAGACAAUUUCCAAGAACACGUCAUCCAUCAUUGUCACCUCCAUAUCUACCCCGUCCAUACUGCACAGUCCUCCUGGUUACCACGGGAGCCUAAAAGUGGCUAAAACUGUCACUCCGGUCAGUAAGGAGCUACUGGACAUCGCUAAACUGGAGACAACGGUGUUACCGUGAACAGGCUACAGUUUAGCACUGUGUCGUGCUGUCCCCCUUCUAGGGAGGAACUUGUAACCAUACUGUAUGCCAUUUGAUAGUUAUGGUAACUGGAAAAUUUUGCAUGCAGUUAAAAUGUAUUUAAAUCAAAAUGCCCAGGAAAUGUAGUCGAUGUGUGUCUGCACUAUAGGCAUGGGUCAUUCUCAGUCUAGAUAAAUACAUUCCAAGGUUCAGAAAGGUUGUGUGAAAUGUAUUACAGAUGAGGCACAAACUCAUCUGGAGUCACAGGAACAGAUUGAUCAGAAAAUGGAUGCUUCUGUCACCGUUUUAACGCUUUUAAUGCAUGAAGUUGUUUUUAAAGCCUUUGGUUAGGCUACAAUCAAUCCACAUGCUUCAACAAUAUGAACAAAACAACAUUUAACAUCAGUUCUGUUUAUUUCUUUCAUUUACAGUAGUCAUAUGGGUUUGUUUUUGGUUUUAGUUUUCUGUUUUAUUUCUUUCUUUUAUAAAAUUUGAAAAAAAUCAUAUACUUUAUCAUUGUUAUUUGCAGUCCAUGGAGGCAGUGUGCUUUAAUCAAGUCUUUUUGAAAUCUCCUGGUUGACCUUGACCUUUGCCUUGUGAGUGUUGAUGUUCUGUUUUUGAAGUGGUCUGACCAGCUUUCUUGCUCAGCUGUUGCUGUCGUCUCAAUGUAGGAUAAAGUAGGGAAGCCAGCCUCCACUUUUUCAUGGCACCAUUGUCACCUUUUUGGCAUUUUUUUCUUGUGGCAGAAAAUGCAGCUACAGCUAGGAAUUUACUCCCACUCACUUUUUUAAGAUAACAGAAUUUUCAAACUAAUGAUCUACCGCGUUAACUAGUAACAUACUAAGGCAGAUUGUUUGAAAACUAAAUUAGUAAUUUUGUGCAACAAGAAUGCUAAAUGUAGAUUUGGUCAGAAUUGACUUUUUGAGCAACUCACAUGCUUGGUUAGAAAAGAUCUUGAGCCGGUUUUUUGACUCAACACAUCUUACUUUUUUGCAUGCUGUGGACCCUGCUAGUUUACUUGUAGGUAGGUAGCAAUAGGAGCAUGAAGGAAAUUAUUGAAUAACAAAAAAGGUUUUAAACUGAAGGUAAUCAUUUGUUAGGAAACACUUAUAAAGCAAAGAAUACUUGGUCUAUAUGUGCAAAUCUUUAGCAGCAGGGAGCCCUCGCUCCAGGCUGGGACUGGGAACAAUUUUUGGCCCUGGCAUUUUUACAUCUACUUCGACCCCACAAAAAAUAGAAGCACAGUCAAACGCAUGCGUCUAAAAUUUGAAACACUAUACGAAUA